CAGGUAUACAUAAUCUGAGAACAGAGGCAUAAUCUACACCAUGUUUCUGAUUUCCGAUAAGAGCCAAGUGCCUAGGCCUAGGUACCUGUUCACACUGACAGACAAACAGCAAUCGCCAGAUACCGAAAAACAGUUUGCUCAAAACUUAACAACUAGGUACCUGUAAAACGAUAUAGAGCAGCAGUGAACAGUACAAGUAUACAUUAUAGUAUAGUGAUAGCGGACCUGGAAACUACUAUAUACGACUAAUGAACCUAUCUAGAAUCACAACUACCCAAGGUACCUAUACAACUUCACACAUCAGGACUAUCGUCCAUAUCUAUACUCAACUAUGUCAGGCCCAAACAAGAUCCAGACUGUGUAUACGACAUCCAAGCGAGGCAAGCGGGAGCGCCUGGGCGAAUGGUGUUUGAGGAGUGCGAGUCGCAGCCAUUCCAAGCGAAAACAACACUCUAACGGCACACCAGAGGCCGUCGCGGUUGUCGAAGAACCCAAAAAUGGCGUUCUCAACGGCAUCAUUGAUCCAGAGGCAGGAGUUGCUCAUCAGAAGCUCGUCCGGACGACCAACGAUGAAGGUAAUGGAACCUCCAAAGCAGCGGACAUUGGAUCAUCCGAGGUGAUGCAGAAUGGGGAGGCACACGAUUCGAGCGAGAAGCGUGAACAUACCUCAUUUACACCUGAGAACAGCGAGGUCAGCCCGGCUGCGGAUCAUGAAGCUGGGUGGACAGACAUUUUAGAGACCGCUGGCGAGGUCAACUGUAAGGCAAAUCACGUCACGAGCGGCGAGAUUAGCCAGGAGAGCUGCCCCCUUCUUGUCACUGCGGCAGUCGCCGAGUCGCAUGAGAUUGACGAAGCCGAGUACUGGGGUCCUACUAGAGAUAUUGCAGAGGAAAAACUCGUUGCUUUGCUGGACAGAGUGAGCGAGACGCACAACGGAACAGUCGAUGCCCACUACAGGCUGAUGAGCAAGCACUGCGGCUCAUACAAUUGUGCCUAUAUCCUGGAGUCGAGCUACAAGGAGCGACUGUGUGUUCGAGUUCCCGCUUGCGGUUUCCCAGCUCGAUGGAAUGAUUUCGAUGGCAAGCUUCUCCGCGAAUCGGCGCUGGGCAUGAAAUAUAUUCGGAACAAGACCGACUUGCCCGUACCACGCCUGUUGUCGUACGACACGACCAUGGACAACGAGAUCGAGGCACCGUAUAUCGUCAUGUCGUUCUUGGCGGGCAAACCUCUCGAGGAAGCGUGGCCGCAACAGGAAGACGAAGACUUUGCUGUCACGGAAGCCAGACGCAUGACGAUGCUUCACAGCCUCGCCAAGACCAUGCGACUGCUGGAGCCCACGGUUUUUUCGCGGUAUGGAGCACUCCACUUCGAUAGUGAGGAAGCGGUGCCGACGGUGGGCGACACAUCGCGCCUCACGACGGAAGAUAUCUUUGUCAUUGCGCGAAAAUUCAAGUCUGUCCCGUCCCGAGCGUCGCUGCGAGAUUACGUGCUUGCAGCAAGGCACCACCGCUUUGAGGAGCACCAAUACCCCGAAGAGGACCUCGAUAGCCUGACCAAAGGUUUGCUCAUGCUCUGGGAAUUGAUGCUGGAUAGCUUCCUCGAAGUUGUCCAACUCGAACCACAUGAGCCCAACUUUGUUCUCAUGCAGUCGGACUUCAAUCCCCAGAACAUUCUAGUCGACGACAGAGGAAAUAUUUCCGGCCUCAUCGAUUGGGAUUGUCUCGAAGCCAUCCCACGCCAGAUUGGCUGGUGCUCCAUCCCCCACUGGCUAAAAAGGGACUGGACACCAGAAUACUCCUGGCCGACGCCCGCAGGUUCGAAGCAGGUCCUACAGCAGCCUCACGAGUUCGACAAGUAUCGCAAGGCCUAUACCCGCUACAUUCGCGAUGCGUAUCCCGGAAGUAAAAAUGAUUCCCGCUUUACCGCCAAAAGUCACAUUUACUGGGCUCUGCUGCAGUCGGGCGAGCAUUUCGACCAUCUCACGCGCUUCGUAUGCAAUGUCUUGGCUGAUCUUUUCCCGCGAUUGGCUGGUGUGCAUACGGUCUUUAUUAGCCAGAUUGGAGAGUAUGGAUAUCAGAAGGAUCAGAAGAAAUGGCUAGAGGGCCAGUUACGAGCCUUUUUCGCUCCCGACACGUGUCAUAGCUGCGAGGUGCCUGCUGGAGAGGGAAGUUCUAGUGUGACCUACUACAGUACUGACUGCACCGCUGCCAUCACCGCAGCCUGGAGCCAUCAUCAUCGCAAGCUGUGGUUGGAGACGAACUUGCGCCAAGCCGGACCCUUCUUGCACCAACUCAAUUGUCACUGAGGCGCGGACGGACGGCCGAUACCCGCCCGCACGCACGAAGUGACUUGAGGUAGAACUACACGUACAUGUAACCUCACCUGCUCCAUACCUACACUACCUACCUAUCGACUGGUACUCACGCCAAGACGUGCACCAUGGCCACAUCUGCUGCCGACGCCGCCGAUGAGCUCGACAUCGUCUUUGAUGAUCUCGCCUUCAACGCCGUCCUCAUCGACACUCUCGACACUGCCGAUGAGGACUAUCAACAUAAGCUCGAAGACUUGCUCGCCCACCAACAGACGCUCAAUUCCAAAAAGGCCAAGCUCGAAGCACACCUCCAGCAACGGCCUGCCUCGCCGCCUCUAAGCCAAGCGAGCAAUCACCACUUCGACCAGCCCGCCACCAUGGAUGCUCAAUACCGUGCUCAGCCAGGCGGCUCGGGGAACACUGCCCCAGGGAGUCAGCCCGCCAGCGUUCACAGUAACCAUCGCAGCAGCAGCAGCAGCAGCAGUUACCCCCAUCCUUUGAGCUCGGAUACUGCCCUUCCCUUUGGCAUGCCUGCAAAUGGCGGAAAGCGUCCGCGGGCGCAGUCCUCUUAUCUGCACACCGGUGAACAGGCAUCGAAGCGCCCAACUCCUGAUCUCUCCAAUGCACCAACGCCGACCUCUUCCGACGCCUCUUAUGACCUGGUCCCGCCCGGUCCCGGCUCAGGAGACCAAGAGAGAAAGCGAAUCUUCGCACGUCAGCAAGCCGCGGAAGCUGCUGCGAGGAGGCAUCGCGAGAUAAUGCUGCGGGACGCAGCCUUCGCCCGGCAGCUGAGCCAGCAACACCCAUCGAACCAACCCUCGGCUUCUGCCUCAUCAUCGAGACCGAAUGUGCAAACCACGCUCAACUUUGAUGGCCGCUUCAAUCGUCCGCCCCCGCCCGUCAAAGCAGAGUCUUCAUCCUCGCAACGUCCCCGAUUCC